AUGAAGGUUCUCACCAGGAACGCGCUCCAGCGCGUCAGCCAGAUUCGGGGAUGCGGCAGCACUGUCUCGUCCUCAUCUGCUAUCCUGUCAAUACCUUGCAGGUCUUUUCACUGUAGCCCGACACCACGCACCGAUGGCGUCUUCCGAGAGCUUACUGCCAUGCGGGUGCGCACGCCUUGGGUAGAGGCUCUACGACAACAACAAGCAGAGGCCAAUCAGCCCUCUGAGCCUUCGAAAAAAACUGAAUUGCCCAAAGAUCGCAAACUGACGCCGAAGCGCAUGAGUGAAAGCUACCAUUCAGUUGUGCUCCCUCUCGCCCAGGAUCCAUGGAUACUCGACACAUAUCUCAAUGCAUCAGGUCACAUCCGCCUUGGGACCAUUUUCAUGGAUCUUGAUGCACUUUCGGGUAUUAUCGCAUACAAGCAUACAGGAGAUGACGUUACCACUGUUACUGCAAGCUGUGACCGCAUCACCAUUCAUUCUCCACUAACAGAGAUCUGUGAUCUGGAGCUCUCCGGCCGCGUUACGUAUGCGACGGGUAGGAGUAGCUUGGAAAUCACCAUGCAGGUUGCAAAGGCACCCAAGGAGGGUGAAAAGACAAAAGAUGAAGACGUCCUCAUCAAUUGUACCUUCACGAUGGUUUCCCUGGAUCCUGUUACGAAGAAGCCGGUGAACGUCAACCCGUUAAAGAUUGAGACAUCUGAAGAACAACGAAUCUACGCUCUGGGUGAACGCAAUUCAAGAGUGAGAAAAGAGCGUCGGGAAACCUCUCUUCUUAAGCAUACACCAAACGAUCUCGAGAGCGAUCUAAUCCACGCAUUCUGGCAAAAGCAAUUGCAGUACCACGAUCCGUAUGAUGAACUUCGGAAACCUGACAAUGUGGUUCCCAUGGAUGCAACCCGGCUGCAGACUGCGACCAUCAUGCAGCCUCAAUACCGUAAUCGGCACCACUUUAUGAUAUUUGGUGGUUUUCUCCUUAAGCAAACCUUUGAGCUCGCCUUUACUACCGCUGCAGCCUUUGCCCAUGCCCGCCCCACCUUCGUGUCGCUCGAUCCAUCCACCUUCCAGAACCCUGUGCCUGUAGGCAGUAUCCUAUACCUCACGGCAACGGUAGUGUAUACAGACCCACCGCUGAUUGGCGCACCGGGAGAGGAGUUUGACGAGAACUCGGAGUACACACGAGUGCAAAUCCGGGUUGAUUCCAAGGUGAGGGAUGUGGAGCAUGGCCACUCGAAGCCGACUGGCCAAUUCAACUACACGUUUACAGUGCCAAAGAACAUUAGGGUCAUGCCAAGGACAUAUCAGGAAUUCAUGAUGUACAUUGAUGCGAGGAGGCGAGCAGCGCAGGUUAGGCAGACCCUAGAGGAAGGGAAUACUGUUAGCCCGAAGACGGCUGAAGACAGUCUCACGGAAUAA